AACCGACUGAUGAGGAGAAGGAAGAAGCGCGGUUACUGAUGGUAUGGCUGAAGAUGGUUAUUGAGAAAGAGAUGACACAAGAAGAGCUGGAGUCAUCUCGAACAAAUCCGCCAGUAGACACUUCACUUUCAACGUCGUCGCAAACCCCUGCCACCAGCCAGCUUCAAUAUCCUGUACCGCAAGAGCCUUCAGGUGUACGUCAGUUCGAGUUCGAGUGUCCACUGCUAGCAAUCGCGCAGACGCUUGCCACGUCGUUGCCGGACUACCAGCAUAACAUCGCGAUGCCUAAACCAGUCCUCAAGCGACCUCGCGCCAUCACUUUGACAGGCAGCCAAUCCUCCUCGCCAUCGCCACUGCCCAAACGGGUUCGCUUAUCAGAUACCGUGACUAUGUCGCCUGAACACCUUUACGUCGCCAACCCUCCACCUUUCCAGCCGCUCUCUCGCACUGCAAUAGUACUACCACACGCUACUCACACGCUUGCCGAGCACCACCGCCGGCGACCUGAAUUCCAUCGUACGACUGAAGUAUAUGUACCUGGCGUUUGGGCGUCGGGGGCUUUCAGUGAGAAGGUCGAUACGAGCUUUCGCAGCAUGACGCGCCAAGAGAUGGAGAAGCGAUACAAGCAGGAGUCAGACGAACAGGAGCAAGAGCAGGAGCUGGCGAUCAAACUAAAGGAUACUAGUAGAGGCUGGGUAGCGCUUUGGUGGGCGAAGAAGAUGGCGCCAAACUUGGAUCUGGAGAAAUUGGAGAUGGAGAUGGAAAUGGAGAUGAAGACGUGAAGUGAAGAGAUGGAAGUGGGGCAACGUGGUGUUUACUUUUGACGUGCGAGAACUUGCGAAGCACGAAGGAUGGGUACUUGCUACGAAAGUAUUGGUUUGAUGCGUUGCAUCGUGGCAGUGUCGCAAUUGAAGACUGCAUAGCAUGAAAUAAGCGUUCUGCCCAGUCGUUCGAAUGUAUGUGUGUGAGUGAGAAUGAAUAGGAUCGACACCGUGUCUGGUCCUUUUACGGAUUUCAAGUUCUUAACGUUUUGGUAAACUUAGACGUUUG